AUGACUUCAGAAAUUGAUGUUUCGAAAACAAAUGAAUUGUUACGACGUCGAAAAUUAAGGCUUCAACAGGUCAGGGAACAGUCCAAAGAUAUAGCAAAGAAAGUUCGACAGCGGGCCAAAGUUGAAAAGUUACGACAUGUUAUAAGUCUAGACGCUCAGAAAGAAAAACAAUAUUUUGCCUUACAAGAAAAAUUGGUUGACCGAUUGGAACACUUGUAUGCACAAAGCUUACAAAAUCUUGGCAGUAGUCACAAAAAUGCUGCUAACGUAAUCAAUGCGGAUGACCAUAAAAAAGAUUUAUCUAAAUUAAGAGGUAGAGAAGCUAUUGCAGAAGUCCGGAAAAGAAAGCAAGAAAAACUAGACGAACAAAAGAAACUUUUGGAUAGAAAAUUGCAAGCGAGAGAAACUGCAAAUGAACUAAGUAAGGAGAAGAGUUUAGUUGUCUCUAAAACUUUAAACAACAAAUUGACUGAUGUAGAGGAAAAUAAAGACAAGGGCAGUACCAUUACUGUCAACAAUAAGGAUAUUUCAGAGAACAGUCAAGCUAAUUCACAUAAAAAUGAUAUGGGUACUCAAUGGCAUGGUGAAGAAUUAUCACAGGAUUCAAGUACCAUUGUUCCGAAAUUAUUGUUACCCGAAGAUGACAAUAAUAAGUUGAAAGAAAAUGAAAAGGGUGACUCUAAAAGAAUCAACUUAUUUGCAUUGAGUGACGAAAUGCCAUCAAGUCUAAGAGGUGGAAAUACAAUGUUGUCUAACAAUGUCCCACAACAAAAGUCAUCACUGACGCUAGUGUCAGAAUAUUUACAAACACGAAACCUAAGGUUGAGGGAAACCGAGCCUAUAGCAACUAAAAAAUCUGAUGAUUUACAGAGUCUGAAGGAAACAAUACUUGAAGUAGAGGUUCAAAGGCAGACGCCUGUUACUAAUGUUUUCAUUAAUAAAAGAAGUCCUUGUCAUAGAUCUGACUUAUCCUCACAAACGCUUUUGAAAAGACCUAUUUACAGAAAGACUAAACCUUGCACUACCCCAGUCAAAUAUGAUAAGUCGAAAGUUAGCAGUGAUAAUUUGGCUAAGAAAAAUUCAGUCACCACAUAUAACCACAGCACACGAGAUACAAAGGACGUCAGCUAUAACAAUGACCAAUUUGUUGUACGUGAGCAGACGACGUCAGACGAUGCUUAUACAAAAGCUUUAUUAGAAACAUCCAUUGUAAAUGAGGAGAAGAAAAAAGUUCUUGAAAAGAAAAAGGAAGAAAAUAGAAACAGAAUUGCUGUUACAAGAGAGAAAGUUGAUAAGGAAUAUAAAGAUACUUUGUCAUUUUUGAAUUCACUAUCAAAAGAAAAGUCUACAAAACCCUAUAACACACUACAUAUGGAUGAGGUAAGACAACAAAUUCGAAGUGAGAAGCAACAAAGAAAACUUGAAGAAGAGUUUAAAAGGAUUGAAAAGGACAGUACUAGAAGGCUUUGCAAGCAUACAGAAAAAUCCUCACAUCAAGGCAGAAAAAAAUCAUGUUCCCCUGAACAUGGAAGAAACACACAAUAUGAUUGGACACCAGUUCCUGAAAAUGAUGUUGAAUUACCCACACAAAUGUUACACGACAAUAGAAAUCAGAAGAACAAUUCUGUUAAAUUUAAUGAUGUUGAUACCUACCAUGAAUAUCGAUCUCGACAUCGCCACACUCCCCCUACUAAAGAUGUCCCGAAAGGAAAAGGGGGACGCAUGGAGGUGGUUGAGACACUUGUAAUGGAGCAAAAUAGUUCGACAACUGACGCAUCAUCUGUUACUUCAGAUGAAAGCUGUAAUAGCUUUAAAAUGAGCACUAAAACUGACAAAGCAUUCCUGAAUGACCCUAGACUAUCUGAUGGAGAUAGAAUUGUGAUAUAUAAGAUUUUGGAUUCUAAAAAAAGUAAGAAGUCCAGGAAUUGUAAAAAUACCAGAAUUAUGAAUCAGAACAAAGCCAUGGGCACUAGUGAAAAUGGGGAUAAAUCGAUUCAGAAAAAUGUUGAAGAUAAUAACGAUAACAGUGAACUUCCAAAAUCACAAGCUCAACAGGAUAUAGCAUUCGAAAAAUUGAAUGAAGGAAUCUACAAAGUUGCAGAUAAUGGGGACAAUGUUGCAUCGAUGUACUUUUCUGAAACGGUUCAACACGACGAUACGGAGUGCAAGAAGUCAGGAAGUCCAACAGAUACCAACCAACAACCUAAAACUUCAUCGUGCAGAUGUCAACACAGGUGUUUUGGGUGUAGAUGUUCAAGGCGCAACCCAAAGCCUGCGGCAUCAGCUGCCACGUCUACUUCUUCAUUCCAAACGGCUACCAAUGAUAAGAGUGGUAAUAUAAUUGUUGAUGGGGGCUUCAUUAAAAUGGACGAAGCUGGGAAAGACGCUGGGAAAUUUUACGUCGGUGCGUCUGGUUUCCUAAAAGAUGAUAACUAUGAAGUAGUUAUACAACUCAAAAAGAAAGAGUUAGAAAAGGCGGAUACCCUAGAAAGUGCGACGCUUCCUGCUAGAAACCAGUCAAAAAUGGACACUGAAGUGCAACAGUUUCAGGGUCAAAAUUUAAGGGAAUGUGCCGCACAAACGUCUAUCAAUCAAGAACACGACGAUAAAAUUGAACUGAGCUCCAAAGCCGAAUCUGUUAUCGUACCAGACGAGAAAACUUCAGCAAGUACAAUUACGUCAAAUAAAAAUGCGAACGUUGAAAGUAAUACAAAAAAUGUUGUCGACAAACAAGUAAAUACCACUUUCUUGGACAAUUUUAAUAAUCCCGAUCAAAUGCCAAAAUCGGAUAAUCCAAGGCCAGCUACGUCUACAUAUACACAAACGUCAUUUAAUUCACCAGUGUCUAGACCCGUCUUCAUGCAUAUGUCUUCAUCGACGUCUACGGCGUAUAUGAGUCCACCAGAAUUAAUCUUGCCAAGAUUUUUGAGACAAAAUCAGGUUUUAUGCACUGACGACGAUUUACUCAGUAAUAACGACAAUUAUCGUGAGAAAUUUCAAUCAAACAAAAGAUACGGUUGCACACGAAAGCCUUCGCAUUCUGAAGAAUCAUACAAAUGUAAAAUAAUAUGUAGCACAACUGACACUCCGCCAAAUACGGCUCGAAGUCACCGUGAUAGAGGUUAUAUGUCUGAAAACUUAGAUAAUAAUCACAGACAUAAGCCUAAAAGUAAGGUUUGUCGGAAAUCGCACAAGCAUAGAAGUUCCACCAAAGCCGUUCCUGGUACAGAAUCGGUACCUGCACUUUUGUCCAGGAAAAGUUACCAUAAGACCCCACGAAUUCCCAAUGUAUUCACAAAGAAAAAAGGUUUGAAUCCUGUAGUCCAAGAAUAUGUUAAUAAAUUGUUGGCCCUUAACAAAGAAGGAUUAAAGGCUAUUCAAGUUAUUAACCAAGAUUGCAGUUCAGUUGAUACACCUAGGAGUUCAAUAGUUAAUGCUUCCUGCAAUAUGACUAAAAAGGGUGCUGCUCUAGAAAAUAAAAUUUCCUUAGAACAGUUAAAAGUUAUGUUAGAACAACAAAUACUAAACGAUUACGCAAAACGGGCCAUUCUGAAUAAUUAUCACUUACAAUCACUAGAUAACAAGGACAGACACGCUUCUAAAAUCUAUAGACGGAGAAAAGUUCACAAAGUAAAAUCACUAAAUAUUUCUAAAAAUUUAUUUAAAAAUAAAAAUUCUAAUACCAAUAAGCCACCUGUCCAUAUGAACAUUCACACUGAAAUAAAACCUCAGUCAUCUACGUCCUCUACAAGUAUUCCUUUGAAGGAGGAGGAAAUGAAGGGGACACCUAAAACAAUACUGACAAAAAGAAAAAGUCGAAGUAAGAGCUCACCAACUCCUAGAAGGAAUAUUUGCAGAGACAAGACAAACAUGGAGACGAACUCUGUAAAGACGAAACUAGAUCGACAGCCUUUAUCUCAAUGCUCGUCUAAUGAUACACAAGGAAGUUUCGAUUCUUAUAAAAUGCAACCAACGAAUCAAAAAGCUUCUGUUUUUGCGGGUCCUAAAGUUGGAAAUAAAAAAACCAGGUCACAUUCCCGCACUCCUCCUCUAGAUACAUCCACGCAGACAAGUGCAAUUGACAGUGAAAUAAAUUUUAUGAAGCUAGCCGAGAAUAAACUUCAAAACAUGGAAAAAAUUGCUAACCUAACUGAGAAAUGCACGAAACGAUUGUCUAAUUUAGCCAAAGUUCUUGAAGAGGUAAGGCGCAACAAAACAUCGGCAUAUAGCCACAUUUCGACUUCUGAUAGCACGUCCGAUUCAGAGCCCAAAAACGUUAAAGUAUUUGAUGAUAUUCAAGAAGUUCAAAGCGUAAAAUCUCCAGAAGAAAAGCAAUACUCAAACAAAGACUUCGAUUUUCCGUACCCAGAGCGCAUGCGAGAAAAUUCUACCUAUAUACCAUUGCUAAAAGACCUACCUAGACCCUCGACAUCUUCUUCCUUAACUCUAUCUACUAUUAGUGAAAAAUCUGAUGUUGUUACAUCUUCCAGUAAAAUUGACCAGAUUAAAUAUAAAACAAAGCCUCCUCCAGCACUUUCACGCAUCAGUCUGAGAAAUGUUCAAGAUAAUCCAGUUGUCCCGCAUGAACUAUCUACAGUAAUGGAGAUUGAUUCGCCAAUGAGUGUCAAAUUAUCUAACCAACCAUCGCGGAGAGACGUCUACCAAGCUAAUGAAACUAGAAAGGAAAGCGACAUAGGGAGAAUGUCGAAUAUAAAUGAGCCUCGAGAAAGAGAAAACGAAUUAAAGUUUCAAGUUAAUAAUGGUAAUUUGUAUAAAGCCAACCGACCAGCCCCUACCGAUACCAAAAUUGAAAUGAUGGAUAUGAAAUUAUUUAACGACAUAAUGCUUAAACCCUUCGUGAGUUUACAAGAUUAUGCCAAACAGUGUGAUGUUCAUAUAGAUGAUGCGUCUAAUGCUGAAGAUGUGUUAAAAGAUGAGGUCAUCUGCGAUGAAAUAAGUUCCUUGCAUUCCGAUGGCAGCUUACCGGACGUUAUUUCUGAACUAUUGAAAAGAAAAAUCAUAAGUGAGCCCUUUAAGUUUGACUCGGCGUCCCAUGUUACCAGCAGUAUCUCAUCAGAAUCGUCUCUCUCGCUAUUAGCUUUAACGAAAAUGUGCUCAGUGAAAAAAACCCAUAGCAGACACGCUUCAAAUAAAGAGAAUGUCGCUGAAACAUCUGAAACAUUAAGUAUAUCUUCAAAUCCAGAUUUGGAGAAUGCGUUUCAAAAACUUGGCAUGGGAUGGGCUUCAUCAACAUUGAAGAAAACCAAGGAAAGGUUAGCUCUAUCGUCGUCAUCGAAUACGUCUAGUUCAAGUUACAGGCAAAUAAAAUUGAAAGGCUUCAAUAAAGAAAUGCCCACUUUCACUACAGACUCGGAACAACCAAAUAUAAAACAAAACAUAGACGAUAGUGCUAAAAAUGUAAUACAGCAAACUUCUUUAACGAACUCUAUGACUGUAAAAGAAUUUCUUACAAAUGAAUUAGCGAAAAAAAUUACAUUUACGAAUAAAUCCAACAGAGAGGCCGAUGAAUUCGUAUCCUUGUAUGAAACAAAAAUGCCAGAAGAAAUAAAACAUACGCCCGAAAAAGUACAAGAAAAUGACCAGUCAUCUAUUACAACUCAAGGGAACAGAGCGAGAACUUCAACACCUGUUCAAAUAUUUAAAUCAACAACAUAUCACACAACGUCCAGCUCUAACACGUCUAACGGUUUAUUCAGCAAUGCAGAUGAACUAUCUUCAGUAAAAGUGACGUCCAAUUCCAUUCGUAAUCAUUCCACAUCUGACAAAGAUGAUUUAACCAUUCCUAAUUACAGUCUUCGGAGGAAAGGACUGUCCGAUACUAGUAAAAGUGAUUAA